AUGCACUCAUUCGUGACAACAACAUGGAAUGAGUCACUGUUCAUUGAAUUUCGCAAAAAAUAUGGCGUUCCUCAAAACAUUCAAAUAUGGGUAUUUGUGGCGUUUCAACGAUUACCUGGACCACUACCUCAAGAUCAUGACUGGCGAUUCCUUGUUGGUGAUCAAGAAGUAACGAAUCACUUCGUUGUGAGUAGUGCAUAUAUUGUGAAUAUGACCGGCAGAUUCUUUAUUGGUGUUGGUUCAGCGAUACCACCAGAUCAAUAUGACAAUCAAAGUGAUGUUGUAAAAUACACGAAUAAUGGUUCUAAGCCGAUGUAUUUUCUCAAGAGAUUAACUUUCGACUAUUCAAUCCGUGUUCUCACAAAGGGGUGUUAUUAUUUUUCGAGCGAAUAUUCCACAUUCAGUAAUUUCGAUGUACAG